GCAUACAACAAAUUGCAGAAAUGUGAGGUUUGACUGAUAAAGAAACAGUUAGGCAAUUUUUGGAUGGAAGAACCAAACCUUGCUGUAAAAGCACACCCUCAAGCUUCACCGCCAUGGCGGUUUCGCUGCUGCGAUUUCCCAGCUCCCCGUCCUUGGUUUCUCCAUUAACCUUCAACUUCCUCUUCCGGAAGCCCAAAUUCUGCAAGCCUUUCCAACUCAUUGUCCAUUGCAUCUCAACUGCUUCAGCUCCCGCAGUUCAAGCGAACCCUUCGGAGACAGCCCCAAAAUGGGAACCGUUUCGCAAAAAGAAAGUCGUUAUGCGCGUCGGCUACGUCGGUUCCAAUUAUCGAGGCUUGCAGAUUCAGAGGGAUGAGCACGAAUUAUCUACCAUUGAAGGGGAACUAGAAAAGGCUAUAUUUAAAGCCGGUGGAAUUAGGGAUAGCAAUUUUGGGGAUCUGAACAAAAUUAGUUGGGCGCGAAGUAGCAGAACUGAUAAAGGGGUUCAUUCAUUGGCAACGAUGAUAUCGUUGAAAAUGGAGAUUCCCUCUUUUGCUUGGGAAAAUGAUCCUAACGGAUUCGAUCUUGCUAGAUGUGUUAAUGUUCAUCUUCCUGAUAACAUAACGGUUUUCAGUAUCUUGCCUUCGCAAAGGAGUUUUGAUCCCCGAAGAGAAUGCAACAUCCGCAAAUAUUCAUAUCUUCUUCCUGCUGAAAUUAUUGGAGUAAAAGAGGAUUCUUCGGCCAGUGAAGCUGAUCAUCACUUAUCGGAUUUUAAUAAUAUCCUGAAUGCUUUCGAGGGAGAACAUCCAUUUCACAAUUAUACAAUUCGGUCGAAAUACAGAAAAAUUCUUCGUAAGGAAGAUGCUUCCAGAAAUGGUUCAGUGUCGAAGAACUCAAUGUUGCAAAUUGGCUCUGAGCCAGAGGAAAGUGAUAAUGAAGAUACUCUUGAAUUCGAUAAAUCUCUAGUGGUAGACCAUGGGGAGAAGCAAAAUUCACCUGGAACUGACAGAACUCCAAAUGCAGAGUUCAAUGAAAUUUACAGCAUUGACGAUAUGAACGAGCAAAAUCGCAAUAAACCUGUACUUGCCAAGUGGUUAUAUGAACCCGACAAGAGAGACAGACUCAGCGGUUCACAUUUCAGAAAGAUUUUUCAGUGUUCUUGUGGAAAAUUGGAGCAGCUAUCUGGUUCAACUUAUGUGGAGUUAUCGAUUUGCGGAGAGUCAUUUAUGCUGCACCAGAUCCGCAAAAUGGUGGGAACUGCCAUUGCAGUAAAGAGAAAUUUACUCCCAAGAGACAUCUUGAAGCUUUCUCUUUCAAAAUUUACGCGGAUUGUCUUGCCCCUAGCUCCACCUGAGGUCUUGAUCUUAAGGAGCAACAACUUCACCGUUCGAAAAAGACCGGGUGUGACAAGGCCGGAGAUGUUGACAUUGGUUGAAUCAGAAGAAAUCCUCAGGUUUGUCAAUCAGUUCUAUUAUUCUGUAAUGUUGCCUCAGUUGUCUGCGUUUUUGGAUCCGUCGAAGUCCCCUUGGAAGGACUGGGUAGAAACAUUGGAUGCAAACACUCAUAUCCCGGAAUUCCAACUCGAUGAAGUCAGAAAUGCUUGGAAGUCGUGGAAAGAGAUAUUCGAUAGUCAAAAAAAGGCAGGAUUGUAGCUUUCGAAGGUUGUCGUGGCUGUUCGAGUUGAGAGUCUCAACCCUAAUCCGACCUGUUUAUUAUAGUGUCGGGUUCGUGUCAACCCGUAUACAUAAUCGGGUUGAAAUCUUUAAUUCAAACCCAAUUAUUUCGAUGUCGGGUCGGGUCCGGUUUUGCCAACUCUAUCCAAUACUACGUUACAUUUUGCAAAAUGUCAUUCUAUCUUUUUUCUUUAUUAUUAUUAUAUAAAAAAAAAUAAAGUCCUAUUUUAUCGAUCAUUACCUCAU